AAAAAUCCGUUGGCUGUGCUCCUUUGGUUGAUCAAAAGGGACAUGGAAUACCAAUCUUAUUAACAUAAAAAAAACGUCUAACCUUAUCUAAAUAAAUAACUAGUUAGUAAACUAGCCCACCCACCCCCAACCCCCCACCCCCCAAAAAAAGAGAAAAAAAUAAAAAAGAAAAAGAAAGAAAAAAAAUACUAGUUAGUGGGUCUUUUUAUUUUUAUAGGUAAUAAACAAAAACAGCAAAUUUUUUUUUGGGAAAUUCUAACCAAAUAGACACAGUUGUAUUUUUUUUCUUUUUUCUUUUUUUGGAACGCUUUUAAGUAAAUAGUCACGCAGAGACUUGAAAAAAGCCGGUAGCGGAGAGAUAAAUUUUGUUAAGGAGAAAGAGGGUUUAUAGAUUCAGAGUGAAAGAGAUAAUUGGGGUUUUUAGACAGGAGAGAGAAAGAUGGGAGGGUGCUUUUCGGAUGUGAAAGGAGGGCAACAAGCCAUAGGAGGGACCCAAUCCAGGCCCACAGACGCCCAUAACAACAAGAACAAUGGCGGCCACAACGACGCUAUCGAUUUCUUCUACAAGUCUCGUGGCUUUAAUCCCCUCUUCACACAACUCGAGUUAUCUCUAUCAGCAGCUAACUUGAUUGACCGGGACAUCACGUCUAAGAGUGAUCCUAUGGCUGUUGUGUUUGUGAAGAAAGGUGAUGGUAAACUAGAGGAAGUAGGGCGCACUGAGGUAAUACUAAAUAAUUUGAAUCCCCAGUGGAUAGAUAAAAUUACAAUUGCCUACCAAUUUGAGAUUGUGCAGCCUUUGGUAUUUCAUGUCUAUGAUGUUGACACUCAAUAUCACAAUAUACCAGUGAAGAGGUUGAAUUUGAAGGAUCAAGAUUUUCUGGGAGAAGCCAGUUGUGUUCUUUCCAUGAUUGUGACUAAAAAAGACCGAAGUCUAACCCUAAAUCUACAGAAAGAUAAUAGGCAUGGGAGUUUGAGAAAUUUAGGCACGCUAACUGUCCAUGCUGAAGAAACAGUUGCUUCAAGGAGUGCUGUUGAUAUGACAUUCCGUUGUUCCCACUUGGAUAACAAAGACCUAUUUUCUAAAAGCGAUCCUUUCCUAAGAAUUUCCAGAAUUGUUGAGACCGGAGGCACUGUUCCAAUUAGCAAGACUGAAGUGGUGGAGAACAAUUUAAAUCCAAUCUGGAAACCAGUAUGCCUAAGUAUGCAGCAGUUUGGUAGCAAGGAUAAUCCAUUGGUUAUCGAGUGUUUUGAUUUCAAUAGCAAUGGCAAUCAUGUACUUAUUGGAAAGCUCCAAAAGUCUGUGGCAGACCUGGAAAAGCUUUAUAAAACAAAAACUGGUGCAAAUUUUAUUUUUCCCUCAUCUCAUCAUGGUCAUGAAAAGGUUCUGAAGGGUCAGUUGUUUGUGGACCAAUUCUGUGAGAAGGAACAAUUCAGCUUUCUUGAUUACAUUUCUAGUGGAUUUGAGCUUAACUUUAUGGUUGCUGUUGAUUUUACUGCUUCAAACGGAAAUCCUCAAAAUGCAGAUUCUUUGCACUACAUUAACCCUCAUGGCCAGUUGAAUUCUUACCAGAAGGCAAUUAUGGAGGUUGGAGAAGUCAUACAGUUUUACGAUUCCGAUAGGCGCUUUUCUGCAUGGGGGUUUGGAGGAAGGACUAUGGAUGGUAGAGUAUCGCAUUGUUUUAACUUGAAUGGAGGCACGAGUGACUUAGAGGUUGGAGGAGUUGAAGGCAUCAUGGCUGCUUAUGCCAAUGCUCUACACAAUGUUUCUCUGGCAGGGCCAACUUUAUUUGGCCAAGUGAUCAACAGGGCUGCAGAAAUUGCAGGCCAGUCCCUCUCAGGCAACAAUAACAAGUACUAUGUCUUGCUCAUUAUAACGGAUGGAGUAAUUACCGAUCUUCAAGAAACAAAAGAUGCACUGGUAAGGGCAUCUGAUCUUCCACUGUCACUUCUUGUGGUUGGCGUAGGUGGUGCAGAUUUUAAACAGAUGGAGAUCCUUGAUGCUGAUAAUGGACAUCGGUUAGAGAGUUCUACAGGUCGUGUGGCUACUCGAGAUAUUGUACAGUUUGUUCCCAUGCGAGAAGUGCAUAGUGGACAGAUAAAUGUUGUUCAAGCUCUUUUGGAAGAGCUGCCCGGACAGUUUCUGACUUACAUGCGGAGUAGAGAUGUUAAGCCAUGCACGACCCGUGCAGCAGCAGCCCAAACGUAAUCUUACCGACUUUUAGUUACAUAUUGGAUAAGGAAAAGAACAAUGCUAGGGGCACCGAGUAUUUUACCAAUUUCAAAGUGAGGUGGCAAAAUGACAUAUGGUUAUCUUAUUAGUUCGUCUUAAAUUUCUCACUAAUUUUUUUAAAGGUUCACUUAUCCUUAUACAGACUAUUUUAUUUUACAACCUUUAGGAUAAUGAUAAGUAGUUUUGCCAUAUAACUUAGUAAUUAAGGUGGUAAAAUACACUUGGUGCCUGUAGUCGCUACCUAUGGAAAAUGGAAAAAUAUAUACCUAGGUUUUGAAACAGUUUAUAUUAGGUUUGAAAUCCAAUUCAUACAUCAUGACGGACUGUAUAAAGUUUUAGCUCUUGUUUUUUGGUAAUUGUAUAAAGUUUUAGCUCUAGUAAAUGAAAACAAAAGGUUUAUAUAUUUAUCAUGUACGGUCAUCAUUAUCUGUU